CCAUUUAAGGCAGGGUGUUGUUUCACCCGGUGCGCAUUUUCGCUGACGGAACUGAAUGUGACAGAUUGUAAACAGAUGGGAUGUUGGGCCCUGGGGAAGGACGUCCUGGUGCCACCUUGCAUUUAUCACCCGCUGAAUUACUGCCUUCCAGACUGCAGUGAUUUAAUUGAGACACUUGUCUGAAUGAGGCAACACUUGUUCUAGACCGCACUGUUUGUCCUCACCUUACCCAGUGCUGAGACUGAUAGCUGGCAUAGCGGUCAGUUCUCAUUAGGGUCUUGAUUAACAACACUGGCUCAUAAAGUGGCAAUCCUGGAAGGGAUUCAUGACUUUGUGGACCAUCUGAAUUGCUACACUUCCUUUUGGGUUCAGACAGCAAAUGUUUCGUCUUUGGUGCCAUCAGGCCUUUCGAUCCUGCCGUGUCUACCCUCACACACGUAAGGAAUUGGACCAUCUGCUCCACCCCUCUGCUUCUUCUGUGUCUCCAAAACUGUCACGGUGAUGGAGGUUCUGGAGGUUGAGAACAUAAGCCCUGCCCUCGAGGCCACUGAGGACUACUUGCACUGCCUCGAUGACAAUCAAGGAGAUGGCCAGGUAUGUCUGCCCAAGCAUACAGAGGCCUCCACCUUGGAUAAGUUAAACUCCAGUGGGGUGUGGGGGCUGCUGACAGGAAAGCAAUCUGAGAACUUACCCAGCAAUAUGGCCUGGGCGGAGCCGACAUCUUUCACCGUACUUGGCCUGCGACAUGGAAGAAGGAACCGGGCAAGAUCUACCAACGAUUUGGCGGCUCAUGCCAAAGAAACAAACUCUACCAUCAAUACAUGCAGCGGUGGCUUCAAACGUGGCCACAACCGCUCCCGUUCAGACGUCAACAACCGCACUUACACCGAUAAUGGCAUGCCUGCAAUUGACACAAAUACACUCAAGAACAUGUCACUGAAUGACCACAGAGAUGCUCAUAAGGAAAGCAGCCCUAGCCUGGUGAAGCAGGGAACUCUGGAACAGAGAGAGGGUCCAUGGGGACGCUGGACCUCCUGUCAUGUGGAGCUUACACCCUGUGAGCUGCGUCUCUACAGCCUGGACAGCAGUGGCAACCAGCAACUAUGUGCUGCCCUCUCGCUUUCCCACUGCCAAGGAGUGAGCACACCCCAGCCACAGGAUGGACGUGUACUGCAGGCUGUCUUCUUCAACAGCACUCGUGUGCAGUUACGUGCAUCCUGCCAGUGGGAGGCACUGGAGUGGCGUAGACUCCUCUGGGAACGCGUCUUGGCUGCCCGUCCAGCCAAUCACAAAGAGGAGCCAGCCCAUGCCAACUGCCCUACCCUUCACGAACCCCAUCCAGAUGUGGUGACGGUGCCAGUCCCUCGACCCCUGGUACGUCCCACGGCCCUUCCACUGUUCACCCAACACUGUGCUGAUGUUCUUAAGGCUGGCCUUCUGCACCAACUCACUGACCUCAACAACUGGAGGCCCUUCACCUUUGUACUCAGCCGCACUGAGAUGCAGGCCUUUCCAACCGAGGGAAGAGGCUCAGUGUCGGAGCCAGUGUUCAGGUACCCGCUGGCUUCCUGUCUGGCUGUGCAGCGGGAUUAUGAAGACGGAGACACCAGCUCCACCUUCCAAGUGAACUUCCCUGAUAAUGUGCUGUGCUUACGGGCAGAGAGCGAGUCCAAGGCCCAGGACUGGGUGGAGGCAUUGCACACGGCGGUGAUGGCUCAGCGACCACAGUCGGAGAAUAACCAAGUGGUGAUAAGGAGUAAGCCGGUCAGGGAGCAACGGCACAGGGAGGCCCAGAGAGCCAAACGGCAGUCCGUCACCACUAGCUUUCUCAGCAUCCUUACCUGUCUGGCUGUGGAAAAGGGUCUCACGGCACAAAGCUUCCGAUGUGCAGGAUGUCAGAGGCCAGUGGGUCUGUCACGGUGCGAGGCCAAAGUUUGCUCUUACAGCGGCUGGUACUACUGCCCAAGUUGCCACCAGGACAACCUCUUCCUCAUACCUGCUCGUCUGCUGCACAACUGGGACACUAACAAGCACAAGGUGUCAAAACAAGCAAAAGAGUUUCUGGAGUUUGUUUAUGAGGAGCCCCUGUUAGAUGUCCAGCAGUUGAACCCGUGUCUGUAUGAACAUUGCGAGGCGUUGGCGGCCGUUCUCAAACUGAGACAGCAGCUCCAGUCUCUCAGGGCUUACCUCUUCAGUUGUCGGGCCACAGUGGCAGAAGACCUCCGCCGCAGGAUCUUUCCGAGAGAAUACCUGUUACAGCAUGUGCACCUCUACUCAUUGUCAGAUCUGCAGCAGGUCAUAGAUGGAAAGCUUGCUCCCUUCCUCUGUAAGGUGAUCAAGUUUGCCAGCUCUCAUGUCUAUAGCUGUAGUCUGUGCCGGGAGAAGGGCUUCAUCUGUGAGCUCUGCCACUCUGGCCAGGUCAUCUAUCCCUUCCAGGAAAAUGCCACUAAAAGGUGCGAGGGCUGCGGUGCCGUCUUCCAUGCCGAGUGCCGGAUGCGAGCUCAGCCUUGCCCACGAUGUGUGCGCAGAGAACUGCACAAGAAGCCGGCGUCAUUCUGGAAGAGGCACGGCCCUCACGACAGCCCUGAUGAUGAGACGCUGGACUGCUUUGAGCUGGACACCUGAGACGAGAGCGGUGCAAAGCACACUGCACAAAUAAAGUCCAAGUGCUGCUGCAUCCGACAAGGACAAGCUUCCUUGCUCCCUCGGAGGACUUGCUCCGUGAAUGCCGAGAAACAGUGGCAUAUUUUUUAUUUUUUUAAAUGUUCUCCCUCACCUGAGAGAGAUGGGCACAGAGACAAUAAUUCAGCUCCCAAAGAGCGGAGUCUUCAUAAUGAGACCAAUUUACCCUUGCCUUUCAUCUACCAACCGACAAAUACAGGCAAAGUACACACACACACACACACACACUUGCACAUAAACACACUUUUACUGACAGAUGUUAAAGAAUGCCCCUUCUGGCAGACUCACAAUCCAAGAGCGAUGAUUCAUACCAAUUUCUGGACACAAAUAGAGCUUCUAAUCCAUUAAUGGUUCGGUGAAAAUGAGCGCUGCAAGAUUCGGUUUCCCUUCACGCAAUAGUUGACCUACAGUGCCGAAGACCUUGAUCUCGAGCGCUUGAAGGCUGAACAUAAAGAUAAACAUCCUUAGAAACAAAAAUAGCUUUUUUCGGGUUCGCAUUUUUGCACUUUACAUUUAAGAUUUGUCCCUAAAUGUCUUCUUCUUUUUUUUCUUUUUUUUUUUUUUUUGCACUUUUUAGUCCUUUGGUUUGCAUUGUACUGUGAAGAGGGAGCGAUGUCUUGUCCCAUCCACCUGAUCUACAGUUUAAAAAGGUUGACUGUUUAUCAACACUGAGUGGCUCUGCCUAUAAGCAGCUGAACCACGUUGUUCUUGCUAACCGCCUGCUCCAUGAUUACAAACUACCCUGGGCCACCAAGCCCCGAAAUUACAGUCUAGAGUUCCAGGGCUUUGUUUAGCAUUCAUAAGUCUUUUUAACAAGAAACGUAAAGAAAACCCGCCGUGGACAAGCUCAUAAUUCAUGUCAUCUUCCGUUUUUUUUUCCCCUUUUAUAAAAAUAUAUAUAUGCAUACAGAAAAUAGCAGUAGGCAUCUCUUCCUGGACAUUUCACCAGCAAAUAGAUACUUCAGAUAUAAAUCACACUCCGCAUUACUGAUAUAACAUUCCAGAACAGUUACUGGUUAUACUGGACUUGAAUCAUUCUGGCUGGAGCUGUACGCUUGAUGUUUGACAGUGCGAGGAGCCGUCUGCUGAGAUUUACAGCAUUACUGGUCGACAGUGUUAGUUAAUGAACUCUUUGAGAUGCGUCUAGGUCAACAUACAUAUCAUUUGCUACCAUGUUACAUUUUGUUUUACGAGAAUAUGUGUUCAUUCCCUUGAGCUUAUGUUUUGCACCAAGAAGUUUACUUUUGAAUGCGAUUCUGUCUUGGUUUACGUGCGGUCGGUGUGUGAUAGGACAAUGUAGAUGGAUGGAUGAUCGUGUUAGCUGUUCAGAAUACUUGGUUCUAUUUAUUGAAUCUGUUUUGCCUGCCUUAAAUUAAAAGCCAAUGCAUCGACCUGUUGAUGUUCUUCAAUUAGCAAGCUAUAGUCAUUUGAAAAAAGUUUCAGUAUUUAUCAAACUAAUAAGAAUAUAAGGCUAUACAUAGAACAUAUCAUAAUAUAAUCUUUUUUUUUUUUUUUUUUUUUUUUUACCUUUCUAAAAAAAAGAAAAAUAGAUCGUGUGUGUUCCCAUAAGAUAUCUCAUCAUUUUCCCAUUUUAAGCUUGACCUGAGUUAAAUGCACCAUGCUUUACAUGAUAUUAUAAGAUGUAAUGGUGUAUUUGCAAACUGUUGGCUUUGAAAGUUUGAUGUAUUAUGUUACAUUAUCCGCACUGUUCUUUAAAUCAGGGAUUCUUAACACACUGAAUAAUGGUCAAGGAGGGACAAACAAAAAGGGAACUCAGUGGAUGUACUUGGUGAAUAUCUUUUGUUCUUUCAGCACACCAAGUCUUUUAUUAUGGUCUUUAUUUUCAUAUUUGUUGAAGGCGUAAUUUGAAGUUUCUUUUUCUGCUGUCAUGUUGUUCUCAGUUGUAUAUUUACAUAUCAGUUUUCUUUCCAAAGUAUUGCAUUUCUAUAUUUCUCGCUGUAAUUUCUGUAUCAGUUUCUGGAGUUUCCCUGUGCUUUCUUGUAUUCUGCAAACUCUUCAUUACGGACAACCUCUUAUGCAACUACAAAUAUUUGUGUUUCAGCACAGGUGCGGGUUCCUUCCAGUUUUUCCUCUUCUUUUUUUUUUAUUAAAAUUUUUUUUUUUUUACCACUGAUGCCAAUAAAGUAAAUUGCUUAUUA